GCCUAAAAUCGGAAAACCUUAGAAAAAGCGGGGUAAAUGGCUCUUUGCGCGCCACGGAUCGCCUUCCAUCCACCUAGGGUUUGUAGCAAGUUGCGAGGGAAGGAGACCCCAUCCCCCGCAUCGCCGCUGCCCAAAUGUAUGGCGGCCAGCGGCGCAGCGCUGGGAUUGAUGCUGUUGCCCACUUCCGCGGCUUUUGCCGCGGCGCAGGACAAUCUAGGGUUUAUUCGCGAGCUCCUGUCCGAGGAACCCGCGAAUGCUCUCUCACUCCCGACAUGGACCAUUCACGUCGCCAGUGUUGUCGAGUGGGUGGUGGCAAUGAUUCUGGUCUGGCAAUAUGGUGACACGAAGAACAAUGCAGCUUGGAAGAGCCUUUCGUGGGGAAUGGUUCCAUUGCUGGGUGGAGCUUUAUGCGCUUGCACCUGGCACUUCUUCUAUAAUGCCGAAUCACUGGAGGUGUUGGUCGUGAUGCAAGGUGCUCUGACGCUUGUUGGCAACAUCACUCUCUGGAUCGCUGCGUAUAGAAUCUACCAGAAUAGCUCAUCUUCAUCCUCGUCAUAGUGGGUACGCUAACGCGGUCGUUCUCUUUUGGCUCCGCUGUUGUUAAUGACGACAGUGGCUGCUGCUGCAAGCUUUGAAAGUGUUGCUUUGACGAGUCUUGUUCUCUCCAACUCGAACCAGGAUAGCUCAGCUCUCACCUUCCAUCACUUCUCCAACAUGCCCCGGGCAUCAGCAGACAGGUUUCCACGGAAAGUGAUAUCCUUUCUUGCACCGGCUUCUCUCUUUUUCUCUUUGCAUUGUUCGUAUACGUUGGAAGGACGGAGAUGUGCGUCUGCUCGGCUUUUCUUCAUUUCCCUUGAGCCAGGUAAGUACUUGAUCCAGCAAGUUAUGGUAUGGUCCUCUCGAGUUUUUCCCUCUUCUGCUGCUAAAACUUACUCGGAUUGUCUUCCUUCCAGCCGAUAAGCUCCUGCUUGUGGGGUCAUCCACAAAAGCUCGCAUGACGGCUUCCUUCAUACACGCAUAUCAUUACGGUGGCCAUGUUCUGAGACACAGGGGUCCUACGAUUGAGCGAAAGCAAGCAAAGGUGUGCUGCACGAGGCUGCUGCCACUGGCUGCGGCUAAAGCAUCCUUUCUUACCCGUGUUUGUACUAACGUACUCGUCCGUUCAUGCAACAAAGUUGUCGACUGUACUGUAGGAGGCUCCAGCCAGCUUCUAUUCGCCAGUUGCUGAUCGCUGCUUCAGUUGCUGCGGAUUGGAUUGGACAGCAGGCAAUAGAUUCCUUCCUCCAAAAGCUGCUGGCAAGGAUUUGCCUCCACUGUGCGAGAGAAGAAAAACUUUAGCAAAGGCUGGAAGUUCAAGCGUAGAGGACGACGGCCUGUAGCAGCGUUGGCGUUGUCGGUAACGUUCCGUGGUGGCGGUGGGGGUGUCAAGGCUGAAAAAGCAUUUGGAUCAUUCUCAGAGAUUGAGAACGCGACACAAGUCUUGGCAGUGGGCGUGCUUGCUAUCGAAGUGUUCGUUGGAGGAGGGACUGGAUUUCAUGCUUUUGUGUAUUCAUUCAAACAUUUUACAAACGGUAGAGAGAAAAAAGCGGAA